AUGGCGUCGAGAGCGAAGCCAUUGGGCGGAGCAGCAGUGGGCGACGGUCUAAAAUUAGGCGAAGUGGUAUAUUGCUUGGGGCACGUGUGCGCCUGCAAAGGGCAAGGUGGAAUAAGCAGCAGCCUGGGUCCCUGCCCGCCUCAAUCUCGUCCCUCACCACUCGCAGCCCAGGGCCGGUCGUACAUUCUUCCUAGACGGGCGCCUUUCCACGUGGAGGUGCAUUGGCUAUACGUUUCCGGCCCAUUGUUUUUGCGCGCGUCUGCUGCCGUCGCCUGGGGGGCCUGUGAAGGGAUUGGUGCCGGCCCAGCCAACAGCGACAGACUGCCGGGCGCUGCGCAGACACACACACACACGCCCGUCACUGCUGGCCUUGUACCCACCUGCAGUGCUGGUGGUGGUGGUAAUAGCAGCGGCAAUGGUGAUGGUGGUGGUGGUGGUGGUGGUUGUGCUGCUCGAUGCAUGCAUAUACCUGUCACUUUGUCCAUGUGUUGUGCAGUCACGUCAAAUCAAGGCUGGGUGCAGUGGGUGCAGCCCGCCUUGCCAAAGGGCCUUUCCCGGCGGCCUGGUUUGACCAGCUGGCGGAACAAGAGAGGAACAAGGAACCGGGGACGACUCCGCGGUCGAUCCGACUCUGGGUUCGUCUGGAUAAUGGCAGGCCCCGUGCUGGCGCUGGAAGGCUGA